UUGCCAGACGUACCGUUUCCGAAAGAUUUUCGUCAAGUCUGCAAGAAGAUACUCACGCGUCUCUUCCGCGUUUUCGUCCACGUAUACAUUCAUCACUUUGACCGUUUAGUCAACAUCGGUGCUGAGCCGCACGUUAACACAUUGUACAAACAUUUUUACUAUUUUGUGACGGAACACAAUAUGGUUUCCUCAAAGGAGUUGGAUGCAUUAGUGAGUUCGAUUUGA